GGCAGGUGUUCAGCCAUGAGACGCUCGAGCUCACGGUUCAGUCGCAAAGCCACGGAGCGGCCCCGCAAGCUACACAUCCAGGGCGUCUCGAGUCACGGGUUGCAAGCCGAUUCGGUAUGCGAUGCACUCUGUUGACCUCGUUGUGCAGCGCAACAUGACUGCAGCAGCAGACCAAUGCGCAUUCCCUUGAUCCCCUCAGAUGCAGGCAGGCCCCCGGAGAUAUCAGUCACAUUCAGCCAUAUGCACGAUGUGACAGCCAAUCCGGUGGUCGAAGUCGCCGGGCCGUUGGCCGGGCUCGGGAACUGCCGCGGUAUCAUCCGAUGGGCCCGUUCAGAAAAUCACUGAGCAAAACCUCAUCACACCAUAAGCGACCAAAGAGGCCCUCCUACUGUAGCACUGCUUCAGAUGACGCCUGGAACAGCACGAUCGCACUUGGUUGUACACCCCGAGGCACAGGAAGCUGGUGGGCACGGCAUCCUAUAAAUUCCGCCCUCGCAGGCUUGGUUCUCAUCCGAACUGUCCUGGACUCACGGCGGCCUGGGAGAUGUUGUUUCUCUUAUGCAAACGCUGGGUGAGGAAGAACAAAACAGACAUGCACCUCCGGC